GUCGUCCUCAGCCAAGGCUACGGUCACACCAGCGUGGACAAAAAGAUCCGAGUGACCACCAGGACAAAGUUCGGCAUUGGCUCCCUCACCAAAGCCUUCACCGCCACACUCAUCUCUAAGUGGGUGCAUGAGCAGGACAACAUUGAUUUCGACACACCGAUCAAAGAAUUCUACCCUGCAUUCCGUGUCGUGGACGAGAUUCGAACCCAGGGCGCCACGUUUCGAGACCUGCUCUCUCACCGUCUGUCUGUGGAUGACUACUUCAAGUCGCUCAUGAUGGGAAUCCCAGACCAGUACAGCAGAGCCGAACUCAUGGCCCGUAUGGCCUACUUCCCCGCAUCUCGUUCUUUCCGGGAGAAGUUCGUCUACAACAACUACGCCUUCGCCCUCGCUGCCCACGUCCUUGAGAAAAUGUCAGGCGACCGGAAGUGGGAGGAAAUGCUCCGCGACACUCUUCUGAAACCUCUGCGCAUGACCGGAACCGGAUAUGUCACCGAACGACGCGACUUUUCGGACUUCGCGUUACCGUGCGCGGAGAGGAAUGGCUCAAUGGUCGACGCAAACCCGGAACUUAUGUA